CUUUUUAUUAGUCAAAUCAAAUUAACCCAUGAAAAAAAAUACCCAAUAAUCCACAAACACAAUGAUAAAUUGCCAUUCAUUCAUCUCUUCCCCUCUCUCAUGCACACAGACAACAUGGCGGCAUGUUUUUCCCUCUACUACUACAACCACCAGAAUCAUAUAAGCUGGGCGCCUUUGAUGCAUAAGAAAGGCAAAUCCAAUGUUUCGGUUGAAGCGCCAUACCAGAGGACAUGCCAAUCAUGGCCGUCAAGCCUUGCGGUCUAGGACGUGUUGCUCUGCAGGAGUCACAGCCUCUCUUGAUGUUGACUUCUCUCCAUCACACGCAACCAUUUCAGUGGAGCCUUUUAGCGUUCUCGAGGCUGUUAGUGUUAGGAAUAUCAAGGUAGAUAUACCGAAAACGUCAGAAACCUCAAAUUUAAUCCAGAGGUUGAUGCUGGCAGAUUUGGACCCUGCCACAGCUAAGUUAGCUAUAGGUAUCUUAGGGCCGUUCCUCUCAGCAUUUUCCUUUCUAUUUGUUUUGAGAAUAGUAAUGUCCUGGUACCCAAAGCUUCCUGUUGGGAAGUUUCCAUAUGUAAUAGCUUAUGCUCCCACAGAACCGCUUCUCAUUCCAACCAGGAAGUUGAUUCCACCACUUGGAGGAGUGGAUGUGACUCCUGUGGUAUGGUUUGGCUUAUCAAGUUUCCUUAACGAAAUAUUGGUUGGUCCACAAGGGCUUCUAGUUCUUCUUUCUCAACAGAUCAACUGAUUUGCUUCCAAGCUGCACCAGGCAUCAAAUUGUAUAUUCAGUUUUGUAAAGGCUGAGCUUGUUUAUUCAUUCAUUUAACCAACAAGAGUUGGUGCUUGUUGACAACAAAUUUGUUUAUUCAUUCAGCCAACAAAUACGGGUGCUUAUUGAUGACAAAAUGUGUUUGAACUUGUGAA